GUGAGGAGGCUCUUCAGCUGAUGGGAGGUGUCGGCCAUGAACGCGAUCAUUCCGCUCCGCAUCUCAGACAGUCCGGUUCUGCUACAGGAUUCCUGACCAGGAUCGCAAAAUGACGCGAUUUUUGGUUCUUUAUUACCAUUUUCUUCCUUUUACUCUCGUCCUUGGUGCCGAUUUGAAGGAAACUCCGAUUCUCGGAUCUCAAAAUAUCCCUCGCUUGUUAACAGAAGAAAUAACGGAUGGAUUCAAAUAUCAGGUCCAACAGAACCACAGUGUGUUUUUCAAGGACGAAGAUUCAGAGGAUUUAUAUGUUGGAGGAAGCGAUUUUGUUUAUAAAUUUGACAUGGAUCACCUUCAGCUCAUAGAGAAUAUUACUUUAAACCCCACUGGGCAGGACCACCAGUGCAUUCAGGAAUCCUGCCAGAAUGUGGUUACCGUCAUAGAAAAGUUCAAUGACAACCUACUUGUCUGUGCAGCAAACGGGCUGAAACCGCAGUGUUGGGACCUGUCUCCUUCAGGGCCAAUCCCACGCAAGGAAAGCGGCAUUUCUCCAUUUAUCUACAGUCAAAACUCCUUGACUCUUGUUGCAGAUGGAGAUCUUUAUGCUGCAGCACCUUUGGGGGAUGAUGGAGGGUUCUUGCAGUUUAGAAGAAUAGCCGGCAACAGAACCAAUGUCUGGAUGCAUGACAGCUGGGUAUCAGACCCCACGUUUAUCUCUGCCUCUUUGGUAAAGCGCACGAAUGACCCUGACAAUGAGAAAAUGUACAUCUUUUUCCGUGAAAGGAAUUCAGACCACAAUCCCGAAGCGGAUCCCUGGAUUUCAAGAAUUGCCAGAGUCUGCAAAGUAGAUGAAGGCGGAUCAAAACGUUUUUUCCAGAACAAGUGGACGUCCUUUCUCAAGGCUCGACUCGUCUGCGGAUUUCCAGAGGAGUCGCUGUAUUUCAACCGUCUUCAAGACAUUUAUGUGCUCCAUGCGGAAAACUGGCAUGAAACGAGAGUCUACGCUCUCUUCACGAGCAGUUGGAAUUCUACUGCUGUUUGCAUCUAUUCAAUGGAAAUGAUUGAAAACGUAUUUGAGAAUUCAUCUUUUAGGGGUUAUGAGAAAGAUGUUCCACAACCAAGACCAGGGACGUGUGUAGUGAACAGUCAGCGUCUUCCAUGGUCCACCAUCAGU